AUCUGACUGUAGUUCAGUGUCAAGUGUCCUUUGGCUGCUGUACGAUAAAAAACCUCUUUUAUGUCCUUACUGUUAAAGCUGAGAGGUCGUGAUGGAGAGACACAUGAAUGUGAGAUUUGAUGAGGAGUCCAUGCGGUCGGUUAUUCCAGUUUUGCAGAGAUCACUUAAGACUUUUUGAAAAAGAGUAAGAUAACAUGUCUGAGGAACCUGGACCAAGUGGCCAAUCCCAUUCCCAGAGUCAAUCCCAGUCCCAAUCCCAGUCCCAAACCCAGUCCCAGCCCGGAUCAAGUUCAUCAUCCGCCCCAACAUCGUCUAGUCAGGGCUCUUCUUCUGGCUCAGGGACCCUGAGUUCUGUGGAUACGGUCCCUGUCCAAGAACUGCAACCUAUUCCGGAGGACGAGGAGGACCCCCAACCUCAGGUGUGGGGCUGCAUCAUUCCCUUGGUGCAGGGCUUCAGUGUUUUGAAUUGUGUUGAAAAUCAGUAUUCAUUUGGACGGGACAGACAAUGCGAUUACACGUUCAGCAACUCUGUUGUCAAAAAAUCUGCACAUUUCCACACUUACAGCAAAAAACACUUCAGAAUUUUUAAGGAGGAAAAUCUUGUAUACAUUGAGGACCUCAGCGGAAAUGGGACGUGGGUGAACGAUGAGAAAAUGGGAAAGGGGAAGCAAUGGCCGCUCAGUAAUAAUUCUGUUAUUGCACUGGCAGAGAAGAAGCACCAAGUAUUCAUGUUCAUCGACAAGAUGGGUGAUGAACAGCCAAACCUCCCUACAGAGUUCAGCAAGAAAUACCACAUUGCCCGAAAGAUUGGAACAGGGGUCUGUGGGGAAGUGAAACUCGCAAUUGAAAAGGACACGUGUAAAAAAGUUGCUCUGAAAACGAUUAACAAACAUGAUUUCCCAUCAGAAGGGACGGCCACAAGAAAUGCGGAAAGGGAAAUCGAAAUUUUAAAGAAAAUUGAUCAUCCUUGUUUGAUAAAAACAGAGGACUUCUACCAAACAGAAGACUCCUACUACAUUGUAUUGGAGUACAUUGAAGGUGGGGAGCUGUUUGGAAGAAUUAAAGCCAAAAAACAGUUGGACGAAGGAAUCGCUAAACUGUACUUUUAUCAAAUGCUCCGAGCCGUAGAGUACCUCCAUAACAAUGGGAUUAUUCAUAGAGACCUUAAGCCUGAGAACGUGCUGUUGGCAUCACAUGAGGACAUUUGUUUAAUUAAGAUUACGGAUUUUAAUCAGUCCAAGAUUCUGGAAGAGUCGUCCCUGAUGAAGACACUUUGUGGAACGCCCACCUAUCUCGCCCCAGAGGUCUUCACUCAUGCAGCUACCGUGGGCUACACUAAAGCUGUGGACUACUGGAGUCUGGGGGUUCUCCUUUUUAUUUGUUUGGGCGGAUACCCUCCAUUUAACCCCGAAUGCUCCACCAUGUCUGUACGCGAACAGAUCAUUAAAGGCCACUAUCGAUUCAUUCCAUCUCAAUGGAAGACCGUUUCAAAUGAAGCCAAAGACUUGAUCAUGAAGCUCUUGGUCGUGGACCCUGAAAGUCGCCUUAGCGUCGAAGAGGCACUUGAACAUACAUGGUUAAAGGAUGAUGAGAUGAGAAAUGUAGCUAACGGACUAAUGUAUCCUGAAACGUCUAAGAAGCGUAAGGCACAAGAGGGAGAGGGUGAACCAUCAUCCAAGAGAAGACCCGUUCCUUGAUGUUACCACACUUUUCUUCCCAUGCUCUGGUGGUCUUUUUUAACGCGCUUUCCUAUGACAAAUCCAUCUUGAAUGUCUAACACUGUACGGCUCUGUAAAUACAAUAUAUAUGUAUUGUUUCCUGUCAACAAUAAACUGUUUUUACAUUUUCCAUUCCUCUUGAGAAUUUCUUAAAUCAUGACAAAUUCCAUAUAUUUAUUUGGCAAACCAUGCUAAUAAAGUGUGCAUAACUAUUACAUUUCAGUCAGAAAUCAUCCCUUAUGGCCCAAAUGUCUACCCAUUUGGCAUUUUGUAGUGUAGAUCCGUAAAAAGACAGUUCAUUGAUAUAGAGUACAUUAUUUCACUUCACAUUCAUCUUUAACUGCACAUCAAACCCCUUUCACACAUGCAACCUGGUAAAUUGCAGUAAAAUUGUUAGCUUGCCUUUACUGGUAAAUGUUCCACAUCUGCUGUAUUCACACAUGCUUUUAAUCUUUUUUUUUUAUUAUUAUUUACACAUCAGCACCAAAAUGCCAUUUAACCCUUUAAACUUUGUUGUUUUUGUUCUGUUUCAGUGGCAUACCAAAAUUGAAGACUUAAAACACACAAAAAGGUUGAGUUUAGUAUCAUUGUAAAAAGACUUAUAUUAUAAAAAAUUAUAAUAUAGAUUAUAAUAAAUAAUGAGAGACUCUGCCUAAGAAACUUCUGAACAAUCACAAAAAAAAACAUGUUAAUGUUAUCAAAUUUUCAUUUUCAAAACAAACCCAUCAUUUUUAGUACAAUAAAAGAAAUGUUUGCAAAAAUCUUUUUAUUUUUUAUGGUUAGCAAUCACAUGUCUCUAUGCCUAAAUAUGGAUUAUUUUUGCACCGGUCUGAACCCAAUCCGAUUGGUUUAGCGUUCUGUGGCACUACAUAAUUUAAGAAAACGUUGUGCUCUUAAGUAAUGGUAUGUGAUAUUUUAUGUUCUGUUAAUUAUUGCCCAAGCACUGAAAGUGUGGAGGCUCUAUUGUUUUUCUAAGGAUUAUUAUUAUUGUUCUUUUCAAGGUUUUGGGUGCUUUGAGCACUUAGCAUGCUUAAAAACUCAUUACAUUUUGCACACAUAUCAGAGUUGUCGGCGAUCAGGCCUGGGCAAAAGGUCACACAUGUAAGGCAGGCUCUGUUGUGCCACCAUUUGAUUAAAUUGGUGGGGUCAAUUUCACCUUCAAUCACCAAACUUGGUACAUAUAUUGUUCUCAUCAAUCUUAACAACUCAACAAAUCUCAUCAACUUUCAAAAUUGCAGUCUUUGACUCUGCCCAACAGGAAGUCUGCCAUUUUGGAUUGAAUAAAACAUUUUUUUUUAAAUUGCAGGCCCUGAACUUUUAAAUACUCCUCCUUGGGAAUUCAUGUGACUGUCACCAAAGUUAUGCAACAAGAUGCUAAAUUGUGAACAGAUUUUUUAUAUAUUGAACUGUGUUGCCAUGGAGAUGCAAUAAAUUAUUGGCAAAAAAUGAGAAACAGGAAGUCAUACCUUCUGCGUGCAUUGUGUGAUUUAGAUAAUAAUUGAGCUCUAUGUUUGGUAAUGGGGCUGAUCACAUGGUUGUGGCUAUUGAGGGUCACUGUUAUAGCGCCACCAUUUGGCAGCAGCACUUUGAUAUAGUGCUUUUUAUUUUUAUCCAAAAUCCUUCAAAAGUUUUUUGAAUAAUGUCAAGAUCCUGCUGUUGUAAAAUUGUGAAGGGAUUAUUGAUAUCUUAAAUAGUGUUGUCAUGGCAAUAGAUCAAAUUACAUCAUGUUGUAGUGUACUUGAUACACUCAGCCAUAUGUUUAGUCACACUUAUAACAUGAUUGUGGAUAUGGUGGGGCACGGUCAUAGGCCUAACAACGUGACCCUUCGAAUAAUCUUUAAAAAGGAAAAAAACAUUUACUCAGACUAGUGUCAAAUUUAAUAAGGUAAGGGGAUUCUUGAUAUCUUACAUGAUAUUUUUAUAGCCACAAGUCAAAUAACAAUAUUGUUUUAUGGACUGUUCAAGGGUUCACACUUGCCAUAAUUACACUUUUACAUGUGCCACACACAUCAAAGAUACCAAUAUGUCUGAGCAGAAGGUAAGACAUGGUCUUACUUGUUUACUCGACCAAAUGUAUGUGUCUAUCAUGCAUUGUUUUCCAAAAGCCACCGGGUGGAAAUUGACCCCUGGUGCUUGGGCCCAUCAUCGCUACUUAGCUAUAUUUUUUUGUGAAGUGAAAACACUGCAUAUGAGCAACACCUGUUCACAAGAAACAAAUGUCAAAGACAUACCGUAUACAAACCUAUUACUUGCCUUUUUUUGUCUGUGAGUAAAACAAAUAGGCUUAGGAUGGUUGUAUUCUAUUCUUUUGAGAGCUUUCCAACAACAUAUGAUACACAUGGCUAUUUGUUUAGUUUGAUGUUUUUACUGAUUACAGUAUAUACAGCGCAAAAUGGAAAACUUCUGAUUUGUCUGCAAAUUUCAAAGCACUUGUUUUGGUCAUAAUGGCUGCAUGCAUUGUAAAGCUUCUAAACUUUAAAAUUAUACAUAUUUUGUGUUGGUCAAGACUGUAGUUAUUCAGUUAAAAUAAGUUUUUUUUUUUUUUUCACAUGGCCCCACCAUCCGAGUUUAAAGGAAACAAUUGUAGGAGACGAAUGACAGAUGUAAACAAACAUUGAUGUACGGGAGUGCUGCCAUUGAUGUUGCUCUGUUGCAAGUCUCAAAAGAAAUGACCAGAGCGCAUUCAGAUGCGUUCAUCGGUGGAAAUGGUCUGCACUUAUAUAGCGCUUUUUUAUUAACCUUAGAGGUUACCAAAGCGCUUUACACUGUGUCCCAAUCACCCAUCCACACGCACAUUCACACACCAAUGACUGAUAGAGCUGCCAUGCAAGGUGCUAGUCUGCCAUUGGGAGCAACUCGGGGUUCAGUGUCUUGCCCAAGGACACUUCGGCAUGUGGAGCCAUGUGGGCCGGGAUUCGAACCACCAACCCUGCGAUUGGUAGCCGACCCGCUCUACCAUCUGA